AUGGUUGUUACUGCUGAAUUUAACUUAUCGUCUGCCAAGACCAUUGAAUACGAACAAAAGUACUCCGCUCACAACUACCAUCCUUUGCCAGUUGUGUUCAGCAAGGCUAGCGGCGCUCAUGUGUGGGACCCAGAAGGAAAUGAAUACUUGGAUUUCCUAUCUGCAUACUCUGCGGUGAACCAAGGUCACUGCCACCCACAUAUCAUUUCUGCAUUAGUUGACCAGGCUUCUAAGCUUACACUUUCCUCCAGAGCCUUUUCGAACGACUGUUUUGCAGCUUUUGCUAAAUAUGUCACCGAAUUCUUCGACUACGAGGCCGUCUUGCCUAUGAAUACCGGUGCUGAAGCCGUCGAGAGUGCAUUGAAAUUGGCCAGAAGAUGGGGUUACAUGGUGAAGAAAAUCCAACCUGACGAAGCAAUCAUUUUGGGUGCUCAGGGCAACUUCCAUGGUCGUACCUUUGGUGCUAUUUCCUUGUCUACCGACGAAGAGGACUCCAGAUUGAACUUCGGUCCCUUCUUAGACAAUGUCACGGCAAAGAUCCCAGGCGGCGCUAAGGGCGAAUUCAUCAGAUACGGCGAGAUCGAGGAUUACAAGCGUGCAUUUGAAUCCCAUGGGGACAAGAUUUGCGCUGUCAUCGUGGAGCCUAUCCAAGGUGAGGCUGGUAUUGUCGUUCCAAAGCCAGAGUUUUUGACUAAUUUGCAACAACUUUGUAAGCAACACAACGUCUUGUUGAUCUGUGACGAAAUCCAAACCGGUAUCGCCAGAACCGGUAAGCUACUAUGCUACGAACACUCUCCAAACUGUAAACCAGACAUCGUCUUGCUAGGUAAGGCCAUCUCCGGCGGUGUGCUACCUGUCUCCUGCGUCCUUUCUUCAAGAGAAAUCAUGGCAUGCUUCACCCCAGGCUCCCACGGUUCCACAUACGGUGGUAACCCAUUGGCCUCUAGAGUUGCCAUUGCUGCCCUAGAAGUCGUCCAAAACGAAAACUUGGUCGAAAGAUCCGCAAGAUUAGGUGAAUUCCUACAAAACGGCUUACGUGAACUACAAAAGGAGUCAAACGGUAUCAUCAAGGAAGUCAGAGGCAAAGGUUUGCUCACUGCAAUCGUCAUCGAUCACGACAAGGCUAACGGUAGAACCGCUUGGGACUUGUGUCUAUUGAUGAAGGAACAAGGUGUUCUAGCAAAGCCUACCCACGAAAACAUCAUCAGACUAGCACCACCUUUGGUCAUCUCAGAAGAAGAUCUUCUAAAGGGUAUUGACUCUAUCAGACAAUCCCUAUCCAAGUUGCCAACCGUGCCAAAGUCCAAUCAUUAA